GGUCCCGCCCCCUCCUCCUGCCAUUCAACCGCAUCUAAAAUCAACGACUUCUGAAACCAACACGGUGUAUUUGCUCUGGGCUCCACAAUGUGUUCGAUUCCUGGGCUUCCAUCACCAGGAUUAGAAGUACAUCUUCUUAUCACGAGGGUAAACCUAAACCCCAGCUGUGGUCUUGUGGAAUUGUGGGUUAACAUGGAUGAUGAAAGAAAGCAUAUUUAUGAGCAGAUGAAACAGGAAAUUCAGAUCCCUAAAAGGAAGUUUUAUGGAUCAGAAGGAAAACCAGGGGACCUGUGUUUGGCCUGCAUCAGUGACACGUGGCAUAGAGCUCGGAUUGUAUCAAUUCGAAGUGACGCGUACAAUGUUUUUCUAAUUGACCACGGAGAGCCCCACAUCGCUACAAGUGAAGCCUUAGCGUGGGCCCACAGUGACAGUUCUCUCCUUCCUCCUGAGAUCGAGUCUUGUAUACUCGCAAACGUCAUCUUCCCGGAGAACAAUUUGCCAGAAAGAGCCACAAAGUUUUUGAAGUCUCUUCCCGGCAAUAAAUUUAAGGGAAUGGUUCAACAUGUGCUGAUGCCAGAGGAUGCCAGGAAAAUUAUCCUUGACAUUCCGAACAUUUCCGAGUACAUCUGUGACGUGGGAGUUCCGAAGACCAUCCCAGGGGAGGACUUUAAAAGCCUUGUACUGAAAUGUAUACAUUUACUCAAAGGAGAGGCGUCUGAGGCCUACCGCACAACUCAGGAACAGAAUUUGAAGGUUCGCUGUCAACUUGAGAAACAUGACCAAUACUUAUACCCAGAACUGUUAAUCGACACAUUUGAAACUGUAACUGUUACAGAGGUAACUGAUCCACACAGCAUUUUCUGCAGACUCCUAAUUUUCUCCAAGGCCCUGAAGAUAUUAUCAGAACAGAUCCAGCAGCACUAUCGAGAGAGUUCAGAGUUUGGAGAGGUGCGACCACAGACCUGCGGGGAUCCAUGCGCUGCUAGAGAUGUGAACGGCAGAUGGCAUCGCUCGUUGUUGAAGCAAAGCAUCAUGACCGACGAUGGUGCUGUAGAAGUCUUGCACGUGGAUGAAGGAAAAACUGAAUUAGUCCCAGUCAGAGACAUCAGACCACUGCAUGGAAAAUUCCUGAGAAUGCCAGUUGUCACAUAUGUUUGUUCUCUUAAUGGACUAAAUGGUAACGGCACUGAAUGGACUCCAGACCAGGUUGAAUACCUGAAAUCACUGAUUCUCCACCAGACAUUAAUGGCCAAGUUUGACCACCACGAUAUAUCUCAAGAUGUCUAUCGUGUCACGCUCUAUACAGCUAAUGCCGAAUGCAUAAACGGUUGUUUUUUAGAGAAGGUAGGACUUUUUCCAGCCUCAAAGGAUGAAGAUGAAAUAGUUUCCAUUCCCCUCAGUUCACUUGGAGAUGAACAAGAUUUACAAAACACAGUCAGUGUAAAUGUUGAUGAUUUACUAGGUCAAACUUUGCCGUCCGACCAAAAUCUAAACAGCAAUAGCAGUUCGGCUGAUGUAUCCACGACUAGCACUGAUGAUCCUGUGUGCUUAGAACAUUCAGACAACAGUGAGCAUGAUUUCGAUGAUAAUACAGUGGGAGGUAAAAUUAAAGUAGCAGGGACCUGUGGCGGAGUGACAUCUGACGAAGAAGGUCUGCUGCUCAACAUGGUCGAUAUAGAAACACCAGCUCACAGUGUAUGCCAGCUUUUGGCCCAGAAAUGUGCGCAGACAGAAGCUUGCAUUCAAACUCCUCCACAGGUCCCAUUAGACGCAUACAAUUACUCCACACACAAUAUUGAGGUGGGUGGGAAAGAGAAAGUGUGUGUAACCAGUUCAGAGAGUGUUGGUCACUUCUACUGCCAACUAGUCAGGAAUUCUCAUUUGUUAGCCGAUGUGAUGGAAGAUAUUAAACAACUAACUGGCGAGCCGCAGUGCACAGAUCACCCUCUCGGACUUAGUAGCAUUUGCUUUGCUAGGCACCAUGAUGAUCAGUGGCACAGAGGUCAAAUAGUAGAAAUGUCCCCAAAACUUAAAGUGCACUUUGUGGAUUACGGUGAUACACUUGCAGUUGAUAAAUCUGAUAUAUGCCCUUUUCCCUCCGAGGGAGGUUUUGCCAGGUCUGUCCCUGUGCUGGCUGUUCCACUGGGACUGUUUGAGGUGCCAGCAGAAGUGCCACAGGAAGUUAACCAGUGGUUUGCAAAUUCUGCCACUGACCAAAAUUUGGCCAUUUUAGUCGUAUCAAAAGGGGAUAGAGGGAAGCUACUUGUUGAACUGUUUAAUGGAGCCCAACAUGUAAAUGUGCUAGUCAGAGAGAGGAUAUCAAAGAUGGCACAACAAAAUACGACUGGUUUCAUCCAGCAGACUGACCAGCUGUCUUCUAAAAGCCCAGAACAGUCCCGUGUGCCAAAUGAAUAUUGCUCAAAGCCAGCCCCCAUGAAUGUGUCAGUAUUAACAAAGACAACAGAGGAAAAUAACGACCAUAGCGACAAUGAAAUGUGUCCUAGAGAUGAGGUAAAGAUCAAUUCAGAAUCUUUAUCUAAUGUCUCUGCAACAGAGACUGAAUAUGAAAAGACUUUGGAUGUGAUUGUCGUGGAAAAUGAAUUUGUGUUGGCGGAGACUUUGAUAGAAGGAAAUCACAGUAACUCAGAAAUAACACAACUUUCCCUGUCUCCUUGCCUUGAGGAAAGCGUGAAUAUCUGCAUGUACAAGGAGCCAAACAUUUUACAUAAGGAGACAGAGGAGGUGUAUGCGUCCUGCGUUGUUGAACCACAUUUCUUUUGGUGCCAGUAUGCCAACACAGAGGAUCUCAACAAAUUGUCAAUUCUUGCUCAGGAAGCAGGACAAGCACAGCAGGACACGGUUUCCCCAGAGACUCUUGGUCCUGGCAGUCCAUGCCUUGCUUUUUUUCCCAGUGACAAUCGGUGGUAUCGAGCUCGGGUAAUUCACAGAACUGACAAUAGUCUUCAAGUUGUUUUUAUAGACUAUGGAAAUGAGUCUGACAUUGACAUCAAGAACGUGAGAUCACUGCCUCAGACUCUGCUGGAUGUGGCUCCUCAGGCCUUUCUGUGCUCUUUGAAUGGAUUUGAUGAGUCAAAGGGCAGCUGGGACGACCAAGCAUACGAUGACUUCUACAAUCUCCUGGUGGAUAAAGCCCUCAGAGUGACAGUUUUGAACAUGGAGGAUCAUUCCGAGAUGGAUCUUCCUCAGUAUUCAGUCCAACUAGAGUGUGAAAAUGUGGUUGUAAACGAUACAAUGCAGAAAUAUUGGAAGCCUGUUGCCGAGGAACAAGUUAUGACUGAGAGCCCUCGAACAAAAGACUCUCUCCAGGUUAGUGAAACUUUGUCCGACCAGACAGAACUCCAUGAUUCUAAAGAAAAACCAAAUACUUGCGUGUACAAGAAACCGGAAAUAUGCAAAAACCAGGCAGAGAGUGUUUAUGCCUCUUGUGUAGUGGAGCCCUGUUUCUUCUGGUGUCAAUACACCAACUCUGAGGAUCUCAACAAAUUGUCUAUUCUUGCUCAGGAAGCGGGACAAGCACAGCAGGACACGGUUUCCCCAGAGACUCUUGGUCCUGGCAGUCCAUGCCUUGCUUUUUUUUCCAGUGACAAUCAGUGGUAUCGAGCUCGGGUAAUUCACAGAACUGACGAUAGUCUUCAUGUUGUGUUUAUAGACUAUGGAAAUGAGUCUGACAUUGACAUCAAGAACGUGAGAUCACUGCCUCAGACUCUGCUGGAUGUGGCUCCUCAGGCCUUUCUGUGCUCUUUGAAUGGAUUUGAUGAGUCAAAGGGCAGCUGGGACGACCAAGUAUACGAUGACUUCUACAAUCUCCUGGUGGAUAAACCCCUCAGAGUGACAGUUUUGAACAUGGAGGAUCAUUCCGAGAUGGAUCUUCCUCAGUAUUCAGUCCAACUAGAGUGUGAAAACCUGGUUGUAAAUGAUACAAUGCAGAAAUAUUGGAAGCCUGUUGCCACGGAACAAGUUAUGACUGAGAGCCCUCGAACAAAAGACUCUCUCCAGGUUAGUGAAACUGAGUCCAACCAGAUACAACUUCAUGAUUCUGAAGAAAAACCAAAUACUUGCAUGUACAAGAAACCGGAAAUAUGCAAAAACCAAGCAGAGAAUGUUUAUGCCUCUUGUGUAGUGGAGCCCUGUUUCUUCUGGUGUCAAUACACCAACUCUGAGGAUCUCAACAAAUUGUCUAUUCUUGCUCAGGAAGCGGGACAAGCACAGCAGGACACGGUUUCCCCAGAGACUCUUGGUCCUGGCAGUCCAUGCCUUGCUUUUUUUCCGAGUGACAAUCGGUGGUAUCGAGCUCGGGUAAUUCACAGAACUGACUAUAGUCUUCAUGUUGUGUUUAUAGACUAUGGAAAUGAGUCUGACAUUGACAUCAAUAACGUGAGAUCACUGCCUCAGACUCUGCUGGAUGUGGCUCCUCAGGCCUUUCUGUGCUCUUUGAAUGGAUUUGAUGAGUCAAAGGGCAGCUGGGACGACCAAGUAUACGAUGACUUCUACAAUCUCCUGGUGGAUAAACCCCUCAGAGUGACGGUUUUGAACAUGGAGGAUCAUUCGGAGAUGGAUCUUCCUCAGUAUGCAGUGGAGCUUGAGUGCGAGGGGGUGGUUGUAAAUGAGGUGAUGGAGAAAUACUGGAAGGGAUUACACCAAGAUCCUGCCUUGGCAGAAGGUUUUGAAUCAGUGCAUCAGGAUGAAACCAAGCCCACGUAUGAGGUUGUUGGAGUUUAAGAUAAUGAAAAAGCCAGCAAAUGAAUGCUCUUCGCUGCUCGUGGAGAACCCUACUCUUAACGGAGAGUUCUCGACUCAUGAGAACAUGUUUGCCUUCAUGUUUCAAAAUGUUCUCUUAUGUCAUGAACAAGAUGACAUGUUCUUGUCAUGUAGUUAAUUUGUGUCAAUAAACAGACCUGAAUGAA